CUUGGUAAAUUUGUUUGUCGAUUGCGUGGUGUUCGUUUAGACGAGUAAAUGGCAGGGAUGCCUCCUAGAGAAAUGAGACCUGCAGCGGUCACUCCAGAAGUAGAGAGAACUGAAAACAAGCGACAGAUGCUUGCUGACAUUAUCUUUUUUGGUUUCUUACUAAGUUUGUUAUAUGUUACUUCUUCUAAAUCUCCUGAUAAUUCCAAGGCACAAAAGCCAUUGGCUAGUAGUGGGGAAAGGAACUUGACAAGUAGCGCCAUUUAUCAACCUAGGUGGAAAGAAGGGCAACCAUUUCUAUUGCAAUUGUAUGUUUCACCGUUGGAGGUCAUCUCUCCUGAAGUUGAGAAACCCGUAUGGACUGAACUUUUUACUUAUGACUUCAACAAAACCAACGAACGACACACGAUUCUCGACAUCAACUUGGACUAUAGCAUCUUGAGACAAAACCAAGCAUUAUUUUGCUAUGCUGUUGCCAAGAAACUAGUUCCAGAAGGAUCCUUGGGUGACCUCGUAGUGGAUAAGGAGGAACCCUUUUUGAUGUCUCGUACCAAUCUUGUGGUAGUUAAAGAUGUGAAGCCUACGGUAGCUAAAGCCCUUAUCAAGAAGGGCGAAGACUUGUACCAGCCAACGUCAGACAACUCUUCUGGAAUAUAUUUCAAGCCAUUCACAAGUAUAUCUAUUAUCGUCGAUUUUACUCCUUAUGACGUGGAUAAAAUUCCACCUUUGAUCAGCGAACAUAUUCAGCUGUUAAAUGAUAGUAAGCAGUAUCUUCCACUAUUUACUUUUGAGGAGUUUUGGCUUCUUAGUUCCAACCUUGUACCCUUGAAUGACUCCGUUAGGAAUGUCUCUGUCAAAGUUUCUUUCCGACCACUUUCUUUAAUGAAAUGGACUAUCUUUACGCAGCUUGACAGUUCUUGGAAGACACAGAAUGGCCUUGGUUUGAACACUGCUGAAGAAACAGAUGAACUGAAAAGAAUGUUUUUAGAAACGAAUCCAUAUUUUCUUUCUUUGACCGGAGUUGUUACUGUUUUACAUACUAUAUUUGAGUUUCUUGCAUUUAAGAAUGAUGUUACUCAUUGGCGAGAUAGAAAGAGCAUAGAAGGAAUAUCGGUACGUUCCAUGAUGUGGAAACUUGGAAUGGAAGUUGUCAUCUUAUUAUAUCUAUUGGACAAUGAGACCUCUUGGAUGAUAAUUAUGAGUUCGUUUUUAGGUCUAGCUUUAGAAGCAUGGAAGUUAUCGAAAGCUUUUCGUUUCAAAGAUUUUGGCAAAGUGAAAUUAUUUGGUAUCAUUCCAUUCUUUAGAGUUCGCAAUCGAAAGAGUUACUCGAAGAACACGAAAGAAUUAGAUGAUCAGGCCAUGAAGUAUAUGAGCUUUAUUAUUUAUCCUUUGGUUGCUGGAUAUUCCAUCUACUCGCUUUUCUAUGAGACACACAAAAGUUGGUACUCGUGGAUUCUCUCAAGUCUAGUGGGUGCGGUCUAUGCCUUUGGUUUUAUUAUGAUGUUGCCGCAAAUCUUUAUCAAUUACAAACUCAAGUCAGUGGCACAUUUACCCAUGAAAGCUAUGAUGUACAAGUUUUUGAAUACAAUCAUCGAUGACCUUUUUGCGUUUAUUAUCAAAAUGCCUACGUUGCAUAGACUUGCUUGUUUCCGUGAUGAUAUUGUAUUUCUCAUCUUUCUAUAUCAACGUUGGAUUUACCCAGUAGACAAGUCUCGAGUCAAUGAGUUUGGUCAGGAGUUUACCAAUGAAGAAGAAGAGAAGAAGAAGAAACAGUAAGAUUCCUUUUUCUGUUUGAUUCCAUUUUCAAUAAAUAAAGAAUCUUUUCCAUGG